AUGGCAGCACUAACACCCGUCCUCACACCAGCAUUGCUGGCCACGAUCCGCAAACAACCCAAUCUACCACACAAUACAUGGUAUUUCAUCACAGCAACAACCUUGUCAGCUCUCAAUAGGCCAGAUGAACUACCAAAGAUCUUGAGAAGUGCGAUUGAAGAAGGUCCCGGUGCUGACGGGAGUGGCGUUCCGGGUCGAGACGAGCAGUUGCGCAUCUCCAGACGUCUUAGAGAAGCUCUGUUGAAAGCCUCAGCCGUUGGGGGGAUGCCGAAGACAAUCAAUGCUCUUAUGUCUUUGAAGUCGGCAACUCCAGAGGAUCUCCUGGACGAAGCAGGAACUGAUGCAGCAUCACCCAGACACAAAGACAUAUAUGACACUCAGCCAACCCAGAUACUCCAACGGGGGCAGAGCUUCUUUGAAAGCAUCUACGGGAAGAUAUCAAGGCGUAUAAUGGGCCAAAUGGAGCGUUCAGGUGCACCAGACCUUGGCCUACUGGCCAGGUUGACAUACGGAUAUGUGCUAAGUAACACUGAUCUGCUUACACCAGCCGAGACCUCAUUCGUUCUCAUUGCUAGUCUGAUUCCCCAAGAUAGUUCCAAGGUCAACCCUCAACUCAAAGGUCACCUGCGGGGUGCAUUGAAUGGCGGCGCCAGUGAGGAUGAAGUGAGGGCCGUAAGAGACUUAGUGAUUAAGAUUUGCGAGGCUUCUGGUAUGAAGAGACUUGAAGAGAAUGCAAUUGGAGGAUGGGGUUGGAGAAAUGAAGUUGCGAAUGUAUGA